AGUGUGUCCUUCGAUAGUUUGGACAUAUAUUAGUUGCUAUAUUAUAAGAAGAGGUCUAGAGAAUGAUAAAGGUGAGGGAGUUCGAGAUGGAGAAGGACUUGAUUAUGGUAGAGGAGUUGGAGCGCCAAUGUGACGUUGGCCCGACCGCUGACAUUGGAGACACGAAGAAGAAGAAGAAGUUGAAGAAGAAGAGCCUCUCUCUCUUUGUGGAUUUGUUGGGUGAUCCGUUGUCUCGAGUUCGUCAUGCGCCUGAUUAUGUCAUGCUCGUGGCUGAGUCGGGGGAGAAGGAGAUGGUGGGAGUGAUAAAAGCAUGUGUUAAGAUGGUUACAAGAGGAAGGGAUUCGGUUUACGUUAAAGUCGCUUACAUUCUCGGCCUUCGAGUCUCUCCUAAUCAUCGGCGACUCGGGAUCGGGACGAAGCUGGUGGAGCGGGCCGAGUGGUGGAGCGCCGCCCGCGGGGCGGAGUACGCCUACAUGGCUACCGACGCCGCCAACGCUGCCUCCAUCAACCUCUUCAUCCGCCGCCUCGGAUACUCCCGAUUCCGCUCCCCCGCCGUCCUCGUCCACCCCAUCCACGCCCACCGCCUCCCUGUCUCCUCCUCUUCCACCGCCGUCCUCCGCCUCCCGCCGCCUGCCGCCGCCGCCAUCUACCAACGCCUCUUACCACCCUCCGCAGUCGAGUUCCUCCCCUCCGACCUCCCCGCCCUCCUCGCCCACCCUCUCACCAUCGGCACCUUCCUCGCGGCCCCCUCCUCCUCAACCGCCGCGACCAACCCCGGCGACGAACUUCCAGGAACGUCGUUCGCGGUGAUGAGCCUGUGGGACUCAACGCAGGUGCUCCGCCUUCGGGUGGCGGGAGCGCCGACGGCGACGAGGGCCGCGCUGGCGGUGCUGCGGGCUGUGGACAGCGGCGCGCCGUGGCUGAGGGUGCCGUCGGUGCGCGACGUCUUCCAGCCAUUUGGAGUCUACGUCAUGUAUGGCCUCCACAUGGCGGGGCCGGAGGGCCCGCGUCUGAUGCGCAGGCUGUGCCGGGUGGCGCACAACGCGGCGGUCGGCGACGCCCAUUGCGCCGCCGUGGUGGCGGAGGUGGGCACGAGGGACCCGGUGCGGGCGGCCGUGCCGCACUGGAAGCGCUUCUCCUUUGACGAAGACGUCUGGUGCAUGAAGAGGCUGUGUAGCAGCCUCAGCAGCGACGGCGACGAUUGGAUGGCAUCCCCGCCGGCGACGGACGUCAUUUUCGUAGAUCCGCGCGAGUUUUGAAUAUAAAUUAAAACUAUAUAUAUAUAUAUAUAUAUAUAUAUAUAUACUAAUUUCGGUUCGGAGGCAGACGAUCUCCCUU